UCGAUUUAUACACAGGGCGGAGGAGUUUGGACUUGGUAACGGGUCCUCAUGGCAACUCAUCAACGAUUAAGCAGGGCUGACUUCCACCGCUCUGAUAAUGUCUCAGAGCAAGUACAGGUUUGUGUACGACUACGUCCAGCUGUGGGGACUGGACAAGAUCAAGAAGCUUCAUGUGUACGACGUGUGGACUCCCACUCUUUGGAAAUCCUCAACUGGAAAAAUGAGAUGGAGUCUGUGAAAUACAAGUUUGAUGCGUUUUAUGGUGAGACAGCCACCCAAUGGGAUGUCUACACGGGGUCAGUUAAGCCUGUUUUACACCAUCUGCUGAAGGGGCAGAAUGCUAGCAUAUUGGCUUAUGGACCAACUGGAGCAGGCAAGACACACACUAUGUUGGGAAAUCCAGAUCAGCCAGGAGUGAUCCCUCGAGCUGUUCGAGAUGUUUUGCAGAUGACAAGGGAAGCUUCAGAAGAUAAAUGCCGAUACUCUGUCUCUAUGUCCUACCUGGAAAUCUAUCAAGAAAAGGUUUUGGACCUUCUUACGCCCUCCCUCCGAGACCUGCCUAUCCGAGAGGAUCGUAACCACAACAUCCUGGUGCCAGACCUGACCCAGAAAGAGAUCACUAGCGUUGCAGACUUUGAAAGCCAUUUUCUGCCCGCGAGCAGAAAGCGAACAGUGGCAUCAACUCAGUUGAAUCAGCGCUCCAGCCGCAGUCAUUCUGUAUUGCUGGUUCUAGUGAACCGUAUCCGGGACUUGCCCACAUAUUCUCACCAGACUGCGAAGCUGUGCCUCAUCGACUUAGCAGGCUCUGAGGACAAUCGACGAACAGGCAACCAAGGCCUACGCCUGAAAGAGAGUGGAGCCAUCAACAGCUCCCUCUUUGUGCUCAGCAAGGUGGUUGAUGCCCUUAAUCAGGGUUUGCCUCGGGUUCCCUAUAGAGACAGCAAGCUGACCCGAUUGCUGCAGGACUCUCUGGGAGGCAGUGCCCACAGCUUGAUUAUUGCAAAUAUCGCUCCAGAGAAGAAGUAUUAUUUUGACACUCUCACAAGCCUCAACUUUGCUGCAAAGUCCAAGCAAAUUGUGAAUAAACCCUUCACCCAGAAAGUCCUACCACAAACUGGUAGUUGGAAACCAGCAAAGCCUGAGGAAACUGAAAGUCCGCAUAACCAUUCAGAAGCAGAGAAAUCUCUCUCAGAUGGCAAGAGGCCAUGUCCGGACUUCAGUGAUGGAAGCCCUGAGGCCAAGAGACCUUGCCUACAAGAGGGGAACAGCCAGGACCAUCCGAAGAGAAGCCGCUCAGGUGAGUCAUCAAGUAUUUGUUGUUUGCUGCCUCUUGAGAAUCUUAAUCCCAUUUUGGCUGAACGAAUGCUACGAUUAGAGGCCCUAGAGAAAGAAAAGGCUUUGAGCUGUACGAUACCUCUCCUUGACACACCACGCAAGGAACGCCUGAAUAUUCUCAAACUCUUGUAUGAGACACGCUGUGAACUGAAGAGCGUUCAAGAAAAACAGUUAAAAAUAGAAGCCCAAACUCUGGAGAACAAGGGUACGCCGUUCCCCCAAGCUUCAAAACCCCGAAAACAGGCCACAGUACUGCCUCUUCAACAAGUGCAUAUACCUGUCAAUAAUCAGCAAGAAGAGGAGAAUGUCAUUAAGAAACAGAAGAACAAAGGCAGAAAGAAAAAGAUUCUAGACCUCGACUCUGAAAACAAGGCUCCCUCCAAAUGUGAAGAGGAGAUCAAUCAAGAUCUUGCCAAGACUAAACUCCUGUCCCUCUUGAACUCGGGUUCCAUGAAGGAUCUUAUGGGUCUACACUACAUUGGCAAGAAGAAAGCAGAGCUCAUUGUGAACUGGAGAGAAAAUUAUGGAUCUUUUCAGAAGGUCCAGGACCUUGGAAAAAUAUAUGGUAUUUCUGCUAAGCAAGUAGAUGCUUUUAUUAUGGCCAAUGUCUGCAAAUUUCAGAAGCCCCUGUAAUUGGAAUGGCACUGUGAAACAGUAUCCCC